AUGACCUCUCAACAAUCUCAAAUCUCAGACUUGCCAGCAAUAACCACAUACCUGACUGGCCACAAUGAGUCUGGCAAAGCAAUCGUCGAGCAAGAACGCCCAGCAAACUGGACAGUCUACGACAACAAAGAGAUGGCUUUCAACGUCGCCUACACAACCUCUCAAUUCCCAGCAAACCUAAACGAGAAUGCCGACAUCAAAGCCCACGAUGCAGUCGCUUCUUCAGGAAAACUCGGGCUUGUGCGCCCAAAUGGGACAGUGUGCAGGACCGUAGACUUUGCACCUGGCUUUGAUUGCAUGAUGCACCGAACGCAAUCGCUGGAUUAUGGCAUUGUGAUUGCUGGGGAGAUAGAACUGGUGUUGGACUCUGGAGAGAGGCAGUUGAUGCGGCCGGGAGAUAUUGCAGUGCAGAGGGCGACGAUGCAUUCGUGGAAGAACCCUAGUGAGAGUAAGUGGGCGAGGAUGACGUUUGUGCUGCAAGACUGUGAGAAGUUGGUGGUGGGUGGGGAGGUGUUGGGAGAGGAUCAUGGAAGGGGAACAAAGGGUUUACCCAUGAGUGGUAACUAA